CCCGUGACUCCCGUGCCCAGUGAGGCACGAGGAGUACGCGGAGCAAUAACAUAUUGAUACUGGUGCCGUGCAAUACAGAGCGGAGAGUGUAAAUCCGUCACUCAGCAUCGACCAUUUGUGUAAAAAAUAAUGAAUGAAGAGAGAGAGAGAGAGAGAGAGAGAGAGAGAGAGAGAGAGAGAGAGAGAGAGAGAGAGAGAGAGAGAGCAUUUCAGUUGAGCCUAUUCUGCCCUGGUUCGUGUUUGCUGCGGUGACACGGUGCCGCACUGAGUGAAGAUUGCGUUCAUAAUCACUUAUCGGGGGUGGAGUGGGGAAAGGAGAGUCAGGAAGUGAGGAUAUUUAUAUUAUUUGACAUAUUAUUUGAUAGCAUGUCAACUUUUGUGUGUGUGUGUGUGUGUGUGUGUGUGUGUGUGUGGGUGGGUGUUGGAUCAGUGACAGGUGGCGCUGGGGAGUUACCACGGCGAGCGGCUGGCUGGCUGCAGUGUUUUGGUCAGCACUGGUCAAUCUUGCCCUACACGCUCUAUUAACCAGUGUUUCCGUCUUCCCGACACCUUCUUCUUGCACCAAGCACCGUCAAGCAUCACCAGAGAGGCACGAGUGCGUAAGGCUGAACGCCUCAUGGAGUUGACACUCUCUGAGAGACGCAAAAAAAUAAUCAAUGGGAACAUUCUUGUAGCAGAAAUCCUGAACUUGUACCCGUGGAUUCAGACUUUUGAUGGCAUAAUCAAGGAGUUCCUGAGAUUAGAACCACAAGCGGAUGAACCAGACCCAAGAGUAGCAGUUUUGAAAGGGCUGGAGAAAUAUAGGCUCCCAAUAAUUGCCAUUCUCAAAAAAAGAAAAGCAGUUCCUCUGUAUAUGGAAACCUUACUUGAACUCUAUGGCCACGAUGAAAGUCAAUGCGAAUGCUUGCUUAGUUAUAUUGGGGUUACUUCACCUGCUCGGAGAAAGGAAAGACUCCAUUUUUACUAAGGUUAAAUUUCAGUACCUUUGAUUUUAGAGUGGUGUGUAUAUAUUGAAAUUUCUGAAUAUAUUAUCACCUUAAGAUAUACAUCUACAUAUAAAUUUUAUUUUAAUGUCAAAAUGUUAUUAAUGUUUACACUAUUAUUUCUUCCUUAAGGUACCAGAAGAAGAACUAAGAACAGGGCAGUCUAGUGUGUAUUUGAUAGUGCACCUGUAGCUGAACCAACAUGUAUUUCUAUGGCUGUAGUCUCAUUGGUAGCAGGGCUUUGUGUUUAAUAUUGAACACCCCAAAAAUUGUGAACAUUUCCUCUGUUUCACAACAUCCCAUCUCUUAGGUAUCAAGUAUGACAAAGGUAACACUUCAAAAACAAAAUCUCUACUUGUAAAACUCAAUGAAGUAAA